GAGCUGCAGAACGGCAAAACCUUGCAGAGAACCACAUCUUCCAGUCAAACACCAGGAUCUAGCGAGGAAGCAGAUAUCCACCCUGCAGGACAAGCAGGUAACAGGGCGUCUCAACAAUGAAGUUAUAUUUUGUUCUGGUCUUUGGACUCGUCCUCCCGCUCAUCCGAGCUCAGGUUCCCCACUGGGGCCCGUGUCCAGAACCCGGAGUCCAGCCCGCCUUCAGCCUCAAACAGUUCAUGGGGAGGUGGUUUGAAAUUGCCAAACUCCCAGCCCAGUUUGAGAAAGGCCGCUGCAUCGAAACCAAUUUCACCCUGAGGACAGACAACUCCAUUCGAGUGGCCAGCUCUGAAAUACUAAAAGGAGAGGUGAGGAAAAUCGAAGGGACCGGAGUCAUAGAAGAUAUGAAGAAUCCAGCCAAACUUGGAAUAACUUAUUCCUACGUCCUUCCCUACUCUCCUUACUGGAUCGUGUCCACUGACUAUGUGAACUUUGCCCUGGUGUAUUCCUGCACGGACGUCCUCAGGCUCUUCCACGUAGACUUUGCCUGGAUUCUGGGCCGAAACCGGAGCCUGCCUGACGCCACCAUCGAGAAAGCCAGGGACACGUUUGCCACCAACAACAUCGACGUGACCAGGAUGAUUCCCAGCAGGCAGCAGGGCUGUGUCAAGACUCUCUGAGCAGCAGUGGAAAUACGACGAAAGAUGGCGCCGUGUUUGACAGAGAGAGGAGGAAUGCUUGCUGAUUUUGUUCCAAAAAGAUCUUACAUUUGAAAUGUUAUAGUUGUGGUGACCUGAAGGUCAAACCCAGAUGAGUUUCUCUGUUUGUUUAUGCACGAGAAGAACUAAAUAUCUGUUUAUAGCAUAGUAACUGUUUGCCUGCACAUUAACAUAAAUAAUGUGAUGUGAUGAUAUUUUAUGCACAUGAGCAUAAAUCAUUUCUAAAUCAAA